UUCUAUCAAGACUAUUUUUCGCGCAACCUAGAAGUUCUGCGAUAAAUAGCGACCUGCCGUUAUAUCAUACGAGUUGAAUUGUGUAAGUUGUGACUAUAAAGUGAAGCAAGGUAGAGUUUUGUAAUCGUGUUUGCGGGAAAUAGAUUGUUUAAACCUUUCCCUGAACACCAAACUUGCCGAAAAUUGUCGCUUUCGUUCGUAAGGUUUCAGCUUAGGUUUGGCAGUAACAGAACAGUUUGAUUGAUUUCUUGGUACGGUGGGUAUAAGGCGCAGUAGUUCCUGUGAAUCCCUCACUGAAGCAAGAGGCGCUCGAAUUUGUGAAUGGGCGACAAUUUUAACAGGAAUAUGAAAAAUUCAAAAGUUGUAAGGAAAUAAAUGAGAAAUGAACAAAAAGUUGCGGCGGUUGUUGGGAAGACGGAAAACCACCGACGAUAACCAGAACAAAACAAACAAAGGGAAACUACCUUCAUUAUUAUCACAACGGUUCAAUGCAGCGCCCAAUUAUUACUUCAAAGGAGACGAUUUGAACCGUGUGAAUCUAAACGACGACUUGAUUCUUGAAAAAGAAGAAGUUGCAGAUCCGAAAGUUUCCGGAGUUGUCCGAAAACCCGUGAAAGUUGAAGAGAAAGUUCCCGAUGAGAUUGUCAUCCAAGUUCAUAAUACUAUCAUCGAAACUGGGGUGACCAUGGGUCCCGGAUGUGGGGUACAAGAGGGACUUCCCCCCAUCUCACCCACACAAACCCACCAGGCAUUGUUACGUCACUCAAACCCUCAUACAACUGAGUCACGUGUUCCUGUUAACCAAUCACAAUCCACAAACGAUCAACAAGCUUCAAACCUAUCGCCACGUGACCCUACGUCAUCACCUGAAACGAAACUACCAAUGACGUCAUCAAAUAUCCCCAACAGACGUGACGUAACAGAUGCCACGUCACCUCCCGUGACAUCAUCGGUUACUAGAAAGAAUGCAAAUACCCGUGACGUCACACCACGUCAUGAUUCGGUGAACGAUUGCGACUGGGGUUGGGUAUCAAUGUCGGGGUUUCCCCCCGAAUCACCGCAUGAAGAGAAGUGCUCACAUGAAGUUCACCAUCACGAGAUGAACCAACCACCCAACAAACGCGUGUUAUGUGAUCUACAUACGUCAUGUAGUCAUGGUGACAGGUGGAUGACGCAACCACGAUGUCAUCAUCAGUGUUGCCAAGUUUACCGGCAGUGUUGCCCGAACAAACGAACUGCGACCGACGCGUUUUCAAGUUGUGAACACUGUGACGUCACUUCCUCAAUCUUCUUCACGAUUUCCGACGAAGACAUCGCGACAUCGCGUCCCAGGGUUCUCGAGUUCGGUUCUUCGAUACACAACGGGCAUUGUGACGUAGCAAUGGAACCUCAUUGUUGCAUUCACGGUUCGCUGCACGAUUGGUCACGUGGGCGCGAUUUGAGUGACAGACGAACCCAUUGUUUGCAUCAUAAUCAUAGAACACAUAGUCACGUGAUGCCGCCAUCUUUAGCGUUUCGGGAUGACGUCAUCAACGUUGCCAGGCAACCGUCGCCGUUUGGCCAAUCAUCUUGCUGCAGGAGAGUGACGUCAGGGGUGCGUGACAAUCAGACAUUCGAGAACAACCACGUGACAGGGAGGAAUUUCCGCGAAACAGGGAAACGACAUUUCCAUCUUUCCCAGAAAUCUUACGCCAAACUUAUCGCUUUUUGUGAAUCACGGAAGAUAUUGUCCGCCAUACCGUCACGGGGUUGGAACCAAUACUCGGCGGGAAACUUCUCACCCGAUCACCGCAGAACUCCCACUUUAUCGCCGAUCCACGACCACGAGAAAGCAAACGAGGUUUGCAGGUUGGCGCGCGUGUUUUCCACGGUUGAGGAAUGCACGUGGUACUGGGGGGGAAUGUCCGGGCAAGAAGCUAAGCGGAAACUCAGGGGAAGUUCCCCUGGGACUUUCCUGCUACGAGACAGCGCGGACCCUAGGUACCUCUACAGUUUAAGUUUGAUGACAAAGAGCGGACCAACAAGCAUCCGGAUUGUUUACAACAAUGGUCGGUUUCGCUUCGAUUCUGAACGUGAUGACGUCACAAACGAAUCGCGACAGUCACAAACGCGCAGCGACAUCGACAGACGGAGUUGCGUGGUCCAUAUGGUGCUGAGGUACACCUCAUAUCUGAGGCAGGAUCGUAACAAUGAACAUUGUUGCGUCAACAAUACAAACUCACCAUCGCCACCUAGCGAGGGAAAAUCGGAACGUGGACAAUUUAUGUGUUAUUGGGUUGAUCAAGGGGGUAGAAGGGAAAUACCCGUCCUUUUAACCCACCCUUUACAUAAGAAAACUAUUUCUCUUCAACAUUUAACAAGGAUUUGUUUAAAUAAGAACUAUCGCUUUUGGGAAAACCCCUCGUUGGGAGAUUCCCUUCCCCUACCAAUCCCCAUGAAGAAUUAUAUUAAAAGAUAUCCGUAUCCGGUAUAGGUGCUUCCCCAACCGGUGUUUACCCACAGUUGCUCUCUUGUAACCACCUCGUACAAGGGGGUUGGGGUUUUUGCUUUUUUUCACUUUUUUGAAAGUUCCUUCUACCGACCAACUUUUUACCUAUUUAUUUGUGCAAAAGCGUCACCAUUUUAAAAGUCGAGUGAUUGACACAUUCCAAUUCUGACUCUUUCAUGCCUUGUAGGUAUUAAGACAGAUCCUUUUAGGUGGGUCUCUAUGAAAAUGGAGAUAAAUAGCGAGUAAAACACUUUGUAUUUGCUCUAAAACCUCAGAUCCGUUGGCGUGCCACGCUGCACGACUUCACCUGAGUACAAACUGAAAUAUUAUUCUAAAGCAAAGUUACUAGUAGUACGUUAAACCUCCUCUUACCGCAGCAAUUCCUGUUCUACCUCUUAGUUGCUUGUCAUGGUACAGAAUACCAAUAUUAAAAAACAGCUACAAUUAAA